GGGCUACCAGGAAGUACCCGACAACACACCUCAUUUGUAAACACCAAGAUAUUGAAAGUAUCACCAACAUCGUGACGACUGUCAGAAGACAUGGCAGAAGCCGACCCGAGACCGGAAUACAGAUGUUUGAUGUGUACGUCACCCUACAAAGAACCGAGGCUGCUCCCUUGUGGUCAUACUUUCUGCUGCCGAUGUCUGACGUCAUACAUCGAAGCGGAACACGUCACUGCAGACGAGGACCGACACUACUUCCCUUGUCCUGUCUGUGAGGCGCCAAUUAAUCCUGAUGACGGCAAUACAGUCGUAAGUACAUGGGCGACAUGUUUUCCGAAAAAGGAUUUCCUUGUUUCCUCUACAGCACAGUCGUCCGAUGUCCUUUUCUGUGAGCCAUGUCGACGCUGGAAAGAAUCGAACCCUGCCGAGGUCACGUGUACCGAGUGUGAUGAGAAGCUCUGUAAACAAUGCAGAAUUUACCAUAAACGGAACAAGGCAUCAUCUUCUCAUCGACUUGUCUCCAUCUCUGGGAAUGUUGGACAACUUUGUGAUGUAACAGUCUACGAAAUCUGUCAUAAACAUAGUGGAAAACCCCUGGACGUGUACUGUGUAGACCACAGCGCUAUGUGUUGUUAUAUCUGUGUGUCGGUGUCACACAGACAAUGUAACAAUGUUAAACCAAUGGAUGAUGUGAUCAAGAAGACAAUGGCAAAACAGAGUCUCGGUGAGACAGAAUGGAAGGAGCUGACAGAGGAAACAAAGAAGAUGUUAGAUGAGGACGAUUUAGGGAUAACAACGCUAAACGCAAGAGAAAAAGAAGUUUCAGCGGAAAUGACCGACAGGAUACAGAAAGCUAAAGACAAGCUCGAUAACCUUAACGCAAGAUUUCAAUCAGACCUCGCAGGUCAAUGCAGAACAUACAGACAACAACUACUGAAUCGACGGAAGAAUGUCAACACAUUUCACAUCAACGCGGAAAAUUCACAUCUGCUGAUGUCACGUUCAGAUCAACAGUUAUCAGAGCGUCACCGAUUUUUCGUGAGAGAACAAACAAAAAAUCAGAUAUCGGGACAUUACCGACGUAUGGAUCAAAACACAAAGAAAGAAACAAAUCAGUUUGACAUCACACUGAAGCUACAGGAAACGAUUAAUGAAAUUAUGAAAAUGACAACCGCGGGAAAUGUUGACGUCACCUCGACACUUUCACCCGUGUCACAGAAUGCAAAUGGCCGUAUAUGUUCCUUGAUAGGAUCUUUGCUUUUGACGCCUUCAGCUUCAGCAUUUUCGGACUCGACUUCGACUUCCGAUUUGACGGGUUCUCUGCAGCAUCUGACAGUCCAGACUACUCCAGUAACGGCCGCGGUGGAUGUAUGGACCGGGUCGGUAUCUUGUGUACAUACGGUUAACACCAGUACACUUGGAGGAGAGGGAACGCCUUGGUUGACGGGAGGAAUCUUUACUGACAACAAUGAAUUACUUAUUACAGACUACUGUAACCGUAGACUCCUACUGUUUGAUGAUAAAUAUUCCUACACGAGAGAAUAUAAAGUUAGCGGUUGCCCUACAGAUAUAGCACGUGGACGUACUGCUGAUGAGAUAUUUGUGGCUGUAAACGAGACACAGAUACUGAGAGGUACACUACAGAAUGGUCAGCUGUCCGUGAUCAACACGAUCAGUAGUCUCCCUAGUACCUUUGGUAUAGCAGUACUCGGGGACAACAUCCUGGUCGGUACUUCUUAUAGUGUGAAGGUUAUGUCUAUCGAUGGGACGGUCACCAAGUCAAUAAAGAAGGGAGGUAGAACACACCUCGCAGUAUCUAAAUCUAAGUCUACUGUAUACCACAGAGAUAACAAUGACGUUGUGUGUAGACGACUAGACAGUGACGCAGUAGUCUACAGGUACAGGGAUCCUGGUCUGAAUUGUCCUAUAGGUAUCGGACUAGACCGGGAUGACAAUGUGUAUGUUUGUGGUUUCCGGUCCGGAAACGUUUACCUCGUUUCACCCGACGGGUCCCGUGGGAGGGUAUUACUGUCCAAGCUGUCCGGUAUCACCUGUCCGUGCUGUAUAGUGGUCCAUCCAACCAAACAGGAGUUCGUGGUUACUUCUAACCAGGAAUCUACUGUACUGGAGGUGUAUAAAUUCAGUGACGACAACAUAUAAAUACUUUUAUGUAGAACAUCAAUGGGGGAUGGAUCCGGUAGAGUAACUAGUGUGGGUAAGAUUCGUUAGUCCGAAGUAAUCCGAAUCCCUGUUGAUGUAACGUCGUGCAUAUAGUACAGUGAUCUUUUUGUAUUACUGAAAGUUUUUGUUAAUUUGAAACUGAUGUUCAUUUCUGUAUCUGAUUCACGAAAGACAUUCACUGUAUUACAUUACAGAUGUAUGAAAGGUUCAGGUUCGUUAGUCCGAAUCCCGAUAGACAAUCACCAUUAUACCGCAAAAAUGUAAAUAUCUGAUAAUAAACGUAAACAUCACGAUAUGAACCUUCGAAGUCUUAUAUUAUAGGACUUGAUAAUGUCAAAAUAUAUAAUUCCGAUAAACUGUGAGAUUUACAGUCAUUU